ACGACCUGCGUUGCUCCAGUUCUACAGAGCUGGUGCCCCAUUCCUGCGUGAGGUUUCUCCUCCUGGGAAGAUCGUUUCUCUCUUUUUUUCAAAGGUGAAAGAGAAUUAGCACUGGGACAAGCUGCCUGCUUCACGGCACUAGGUGAGCAUCAACUACCUCACAGAGAUCUCAUGCUUUACACAGUUCAUGAUGAGAGUUAUACUUAAGAGACAAACCAAAAAUGAAUCUAAUGGAUAUAACCAAAAUCUUCUCCAUGCUCCAGCCCAGAGAAAAUGAAGACGAUAAAGGAGAAAGACAAGAUCUGAACCAAGCAGUGUCCCAGGAUGAUUAUCAAACUCUUGAUGAACUCUUGUGCCAAGACAGAUACAAAACAUUUAUUAACAGCAGAAGUGGUUGGGGGGUACCUGGGACCCCACUUCGCCUAGCAGCUUCAAAGGGCCAUCUGAGAAGUUUAGAAGUUCUCUUGGCCCAUGGAGCAGAAGUGGACAGUCUAGAUGUGAAAGCGCAAACUCCGCUAUUCACUGCUGUUAGUAAUGGCCACCUAGAUUGUGUUAAAGCACUAUUGGAGGCAGGGGCCAGUCCUUCUGGCAGCAUCUACAAUAACUGUUCUCCACUGCUCACGGCCUCUAGAGAUGGAGAUGUCAGCAUUCUGCAAGAACUCUUAGACUAUGGGGCAGAAGUCAAUGUUAAAGCAAGAGUCCCAGAGUGGGCUGCCAACUCUGCAGCUUGUUCUGGCCCUUUAUAUCUCUCAGCGGUCUAUGGACAUCUGGAGUGUUUUAAAAUGCUGCUGCUUUAUGGAGCAGAUCCCAAUUACAACUGCACUGAGAAGAAAAUGAUCGCGCGAAUCAAGCAGCCCAAGACUGUGCUCGAAAUCUGCCUGAGACAUGGUUGUGGGAGUGAAUUCAUAAAACUGCUCAUUGAUUUUGGAGCCAAUGUGUACUUACCAAACAUCGCAGGAGAUGAUAAGAUCUCGCCGAAUAGUGAGGCAUUGGCGCUGCUGAUCAGGGAAAGAGCUCAUCCAAAAUCCUUGAUGUCUCAGUCGAGGCUGGCUGUCAGGAAGCUUCUGAAACUGACCAACAGCGCAUGUGCCAUAGAUCAACUGGGGAUCCCACCUGUGCUAGUGAACUACCUCAAACAUCACUCUUAAGGGAAGAUCAGAGCAACAGUUUUGAAGACAAAGUUCUAUGUAAUGAGUUGACCACCUCAAUAAAGAGCCAUUGUGGAGUAGCAAUUAUGCAGUACAUGGAA